UGCGACUGCGCGCCUCCGCAGAACCCAUCCAUAAUCACUACAUAGGUCUACUCCCCCCACACGACGCGACGGCGCAAACGGAUACGGUCCGUUAGCAAAGAACGACGUCCUCGUCGUAUUUUUGAAGAAUUUGUGUUACGAUUGCGGACGGGACACAUUUUGCAGUUACAGCUAAUUGUGACUUGAAGAAUUAUUUCUUCUAAGAUGCUGCGACGCGAAAUCAGUCGUACUUUAAGGAUUAAGUCAUCUUUACCAGCGCUAUUUACAAAAGAAUGUCGAAACUAUGGCACUUCGUAUUCUACGGUGCACCAGGAGCCGUCAGGUCCUCAGAUAAAAACAGAAAUACCUGGUCCAAAAUCAAAGGCACUUUUAAAGGAAAUGAUGGAUAUUCAACAAUGUGGAUCAGUGCAAAUAUUUGCGAAUCUUGAGAAAUCUGCUGGGAAUUACUUUGCGGAUGCAGAUGGCAAUCUCUUUUUGGACACUUACACGCAUAUAUCUUCUGUGCCUCUCGGAUACAACCAUCCAGCGCUUUUAAAUGCUUUUAGUACUGAUAGUGAUGUGAGAACUUUGGUUAAUCGUCCUGCUCUUGGAGUAUUUCCUUCAGACGACUGGCCAAAAAAAUUACGAAAUGUUCUAUUAUCAGUUGCACCACCAGGUUUGCACCACGUCAUGACCAUGAUGUGUGGAGCUUGCUCUAAUGAAAAUGCGUUCAAAGCCGCUUUCAUACUAUACUGUACAAGAAAACGUGGUGGCAGAACAACAUUUACAGAUGAAGAAUUAAAAACAGCACUUCUAAAUAUUCCUCCAGGAUCGCCAGAAUUAUCAAUUAUGUCAUUUAAGGGUCCAAAUCGUAACGGAGCCUUCCAUGGACGUUCUUUUGGAUCUUUGGCGACUACUAAGUCGAAAGCAAUUCAUAAAUUGGACUUCCCAACUUUUGAAUGGCCAGUUGCUAGAUUCCCAGAAUACAAGUAUCCUUUGGAAGAGUUUAAACGUGAAAAUGAACAGGAAGACAAAGAGUGUCUCGCAGAUGUAGAAGAUCAAUUUGACAGAUGGGAAAAGAAAAAGCCUAUCGCUGGCGUUAUCAUUGAACCUAUCCAGGCGGAAGGUGGUGAUAACGAAGCUUCACCGGAGUUUUUCCAAGAACUGCAAAAAAUAUGUCAACGCAGAGGAGCGGCUUUGAUUAUGGAUGAAGUACAAACUGGAUGUGGACCGACAGGUAAAAUGUGGUGUCACGAACAUUUCAAUUUGCAGUCACCACCCGACUUGGUUACUUUCAGUAAGAAAAUGUUGACUGGAGGGUUCUACUUCAAGCCCGACUAUCUGCCACCACAACCAUUCAGAAUUUUCAACACGUGGAUGGGAGAUCCAUCGAAGUUGGUUUUGUUGGAACAAGUUAUCAAGGUCAUAAAAACUGAAAGCCUUCUACAAUUAGUCGAAGAGACAGGAAAGAUUCUUAAGAGUGGCCUGCACACUCUAGAAACCGAAUUUCCCUUCAUGAUAAACAGCGUACGUGGUCGAGGCACAUUUUUGGCAUUCGACGUCGCUACACCAGAAUUAAGGGAUAAGAUUGUCCAAACCUUGAAACAAAAUGGUGUGCUUGGAGGAUCGUGUGGAAUAUCUGCGAUUCGUCUUCGACCGGCUCUCAUUUUCCAACCAAAACACGCUGAACUCUAUUUGGAAAUACUUAGGAAAACUUUGAAGCAGUUGAAGUAAGAUUAUAUUGGUUGUAAAAGUAAAAACAGUUGUUUCAUGCAUUUUUUUCAGUAAUUUU